UCCCUGCUAGUUUUCUAAGUUUACUGCAAUCUCUGCACAGGGGGAGGGAGAAAGAGGGAGAGAGACACAGAUAUUACAAACCUGAGAGCAGGUAGAGUUUAGGGCAAGACUCCUUCCAGCUUCAACAAUUGGUUGUCUACGUGUUGCUGACCCUUUUAGCAAACAGAAUAGAGUGAACAACAAAUGGAAUACAGAAGUGAAGAGGCUUAGUCCUGUGAUGCAUGUAGCUGUGGACAGUGAAAUCAACCCCUAUGCUCAGUGAAAGCACUGAAAGGAAUUUGGACCACACAGAAAAAAAUCGAGUAUGAUGAAGAACGAAGAAACAGAUUUUAAUGUGGACAAUACCCAAGCCUCUCCCUUCUCCCGCUGCCUGCAGCCACUCAACCCUGUUACAAAGCCACACAGAACAACUCCAUUUGAUGAAGAAUUCAGAACACACCUUUCGCAUUUCCGCUAUGGUCCUCCUCCUCUUGAAAACAUGGAAUCUUUCCAGGGGUCCUUGGAAGGAGGGUCUCGGAAACGCAAGAGCAUGCCAACAAAAAUGCCACCUUCCAUCACCCUUGAGGAUUCCUCAUCACCACCAGACAGACCUGACAAUCACAAUGACAUAGGCUCUUCCAGUCUCCCCUUGGUGUUCCAACAGCCAGCACAGCCCAAGUACAGCUCCCAGAUGAUUGACCUCUGCAACUUUGGUUUUCAGUUCUACAGAACUCUGGAGCAUUUUGGAGCCAAGCCCAUCAAGCAAGAACCAGUGAAGCCCAACAUGGCAUGGCCUAGUAGCCCAGCAUUCAUGCAGGCUCCUUACCCUUAUUAUCCUAAAGUCCACCCUGGUUUAAUGUUUCCUUUCAUUGUACCACCAAACUUUCAUUUCAGGAACCCCUUUCAAAUGAAAAGACCUCCAGAACCACCCUUCAGGAGGGCUGAAGUAAGAGAAAGCGGUGAAAACAAACAGAAAGUUGAAAGAGUAGAUGUCAACCUUCAGAUAGAUGACAGUUACUAUGUUGAUGUGGGGGGUGAACAGAAACGCUGGCAAUGUCCCAUGUGUGAGAAGUCUUAUACAUCCAAAUACAAUCUGGUCACCCACAUCUUGGGGCACAGUGGCAUUAAGCCACAUGCUUGCACCCGAUGUGGCAAGCUUUUCAAGCAGCUGAGCCACUUGCACACACAUAUGUUGACACACCAGGGCACUCGGCCACAUAAGUGCCAGGUGUGCCACAAGGCUUUCACUCAAACCAGUCACCUUAAGAGACACAUGAUGCAACACAGUGACAUCAAGCCUUACAACUGCAGGAUCUGUGGCAGAGGUUUUGCCUAUCCCAGUGAGCUGAAAGCACAUGAGUCUAAGCAUGAGAGUGGCCGAGAGAACAUUUGUGUGGAGUGUGGUCUGGACUUUCCAACUCUGGCCCAGCUGAAGAGACACCUAACCACCCACCGUGGUCCUAUACAGUACAAUUGCACUGAAUGUGAUAAGACCUUCCAGUACCCAAGUCAGCUGCAGAACCACAUGAUGAAGCACAAAGACAUCCGCCCAUACAUCUGCACUGAAUGUGGCAUGGAGUUUGUGCAGCCCCACCACCUGAAACAACACUCCCUCACUCACAAGGGUGUAAAAGAGCACAAAUGUGGAAUUUGUGGCCGGGAAUUUACUCUGCUGGCCAACAUGAAGCGACAUGUACUGAUCCACACCAAUAUCAGAGCCUACCAAUGUCAUUUGUGCUUCAAGAGCUUUGUGCAAAAGCAGACUCUCAAGGCCCACAUGAUUGUUCACUCUGAUGUCAAACCCUUUAAAUGCAAGCUGUGUGGAAAGGAAUUUAACAGAAUGCACAAUUUAAUGGGACACAUGCACUUGCAUUCUGAUAGUAAGCCUUUCAAGUGCCUCUACUGUCCCAGCAAAUUCACCUUGAAGGGGAACCUAACCAGACACAUGAAAGUCAAACACGGGGUCAUGGAAAGAGGAUUUCAUUCGCAAGGUUUUGGAAGAGGAAGAAUUGCUCUGUCGCAGACAAAAGUCUUGAAAAGUUUGGAACAGGAAGAGCCUUUUGAUCUUUCCCAGAAAAGCCAAGGGAAGGGAAUCUCAUUUCAUUCUGAUGGCGAGAGUGCCAAGGGAAGCUCGUGCCAGGAAGAAGAGGAAGACAACUGCUAUGAGGCAGAGCGGUACAGCCCUGUCAUGUAUCAUCAUGAUGACAACAAGCUAUGUGUGGCUCAAGAUCUCUCUGGCAAACCCGAGUCCAUGAUGAAGGACUUCAGAGAGUCCUCCUGCAAUGAGAAGGAAGAAGUGCUAAGUGAGGGAGGACUGAGGAAGAGAAUAGGAAAUUCAGACAAAGAGGAGAGCCAAAGAGAGGGAGAGCUUGCAAACAACAAAGAACAUCUCAGCUUUAGAUCCUUUGAAAAGGCCAGAAUUGGCCACUCUUUCUCUGAUUACUUGUAUUUCAAGCACAGGAACAAGAGUUUGAAAGAAUUGCUGGAAAGAAAAAUGGAAAAACAAACAAUGCUUAUAGGCAUGUAAAAUGGACACUUUGAAACAGCUGGAAAAUGGGAACCAGAGAGUUUUUAACAUGAACUGUAGUUUACCAGGACCUGAAGUCUGUAGUAUUCUUUAGAAAUAAACAAGCCAAAUAGAUAAAAAUAAUUUAGUGUAAAACACAUACAUUAAAAGCCACUGAGAAAUGCAAUAGAUAUUGAACAAUAACACUUUUAUAUUUAUCCAUUUGAUGUAAAAGCAGACAAUGGGUUAGGUACAGAAGUUUAUUUUCUAUUAUAUGGGGAUAGAUACUUACAUGCAAUUUUCUAGUUAGCAGAAAGCAACAUACUUUAGCAUCUGAUUUAUUGUCUGACUAGCUAUAUAUGAACACUUCUAGCCAUAUGUCUCAAAAACAUUUGAAAAUACUAAAUAUUUCACAUUAUAAGCCAGAGUACUAUUAAAUGUGACACGGAUGAAAAUGCUGUCAACAUUCAGAACUAACACAGUCCAAAUACUUUGAUUUACUGAAGUGACUCUUAAUUCAAUCACUUAUAGUGAGAACUGGGAAAGAAAUUAAGAAGAAAUACUAAUGUCUUGGGACGCAGUGAAGGGCAGCUCCGUAAGGCUUUGAAAGGACUGGAAUUUAUUACAAAAGCUCUUCCUCUGGCACAAGGAAUGUUCAUGUUUUGUUUCAGUCAAUAUGAGAGUAUUCAGUAAUUCUUCAAGUGAAAUAGCAUAGACUGUGUUGACAUUUCAUUCUACUGCCUGCUCAGACCAACACAUCUAAUGGGCAGCAGCAGCAUGCAGCAUUCACAAUCUUGCUAUAAUUACACAUCAAGAAAUAUGAGUAAUUGCACUGAAAAAAAUAUGCAGUUUUGCCAUUUAUCUCUUCAUUUUUUCAUGACUAGGAAGGAUAACUUUGAAAUACACAGGUCUGAUCAAUUUUUAUUUUAGAAGGUAAAAAUAACCCCUAUAGGACAAGCAGUACCUCACAGAGUAAAACUAGUUUUUGAUUUUUCGAUUUCCUCUUAUUGAAGGCAGAAAUUUUCCCUUAUCAAUGUGUCUUGAGGAGGGUCCAUGCCUUUCAGAAGAAUUCACUUACACUGUUUUUACCGUCACACCCAGCUUUUCAUCCUCUGAUUCCCAUACAAUUACAUGUUCAUAACAAAGAUGCUUAAAGCAUAUUCCGUUCAACUUUUCAUUAUUUGCAUGAAUAGUUUGGUCAGCAUAUUAAUUUCUGCAUCUUCAAGAUAGAAAGCAAACAGCCUUGCACCAUGCUAUUCCUUAUAAAGAAAUAAAAAUUUAAUAAGUCAUAAAAUUUGUCUUAUGUCCCUCCCACAUCCCAGCUUAAAAGGUUAAAAUUCUCUUCCAAAUACUACUGCCUUUUUCACUUACCUGCCAAGUUCUUGAUUUGGAAUACAUUGCUAUCAUGUUCAACACAUAGCAAGUUAUAAUUAAAUAUAGUCAUAUACUUAUGUUUUGCUAAGACUAUAGUCAAGUAGCUGCAGCUCUCUCCCACUAUAAGAAAACACAUACCUUUCAAACUAAUGAUUCUCACACCUACCAGUUAAUCAGCAUUCACAGCACAGAAGUCUUUAUUCCUCAAAUAAAACUGGAUUUGUGUAGUCCAAGGUUGGGGAAGGUGGUUUCACUUUCCAAGGCUCAAACAUGGCAUAAUAAAUAUUCUGAAUGAAAAGCAGAAAAAGCUGUUGAUAAAAGAAACUGUAACAUAUGGGUGACUCUUCUAAAUCUAAUUAACUUACAUAAUUAAAACUGAUGUGCAUUUUAAAAUAUAAAGGGUAUGCCAAAUUGAUGUGGAAUGUAGGUCAGUUUAAACCUAGAAUUAAAGAAGACUUUGAAAACUGAGUGUAUUUCAGUUAUAAAUAGCCAUGAUUUUCAGGAAUGAACUGUUUUACUGUAUACACUCUUCCUUGCUGCAGCUGUAAGAUGACACCUCUUGAAAAAGGAGCUAUCCUUCUUUCAAGGAAGACAUUGUGGUCACGCAGAAGAAACUGAAAAAAAUUUUUUCAUUAUUCUGAAAAAAAUUCAGAAUAAUGAGUGUAACUGCAUUCUUUCUUAGACAGUAGGGGAAAUGAUCCAGCAAAAAUUCAACAUAGUCUAGGAGAUGGUCCCUUAGAAAUGGGAACAACACCUUCGGUUACCUUCUUGGCACUAUCUUGUCUCUGUCAGACAAAAGCUCCCAUUUGAGAAUGUAUACAGCCAAAAGCUGGGAGUCACUGAGUCUUAGAAUUGUCUCUGUCUCAGUGGUGUAGUUUCCAGCUAUGCAUGAUUACAGAUCAGUCCACUCCGCUUUUGCAGCCAUAUUAGCUCUCAUGAUGGGAAGAACAAGCAAGAGAUCAGAAAUCUCUUUGCAAUUUCUAGAAUGGUAAUCGUGCAGAUGGGUUGAACUUAACAAAUCCUUCACUUCUGUGGUGGGUAAAGCAGGAAAGCACUCAGUCCUUCCAUUGCAAAGCCUUGUUGUCUAUUCAUUGGAGAGUGCUAUGGGACAGCUAACCAAUCUUUACCAAGAAAGAAAGAAACAAACGAUUAUGUACCAACAGCAGUCCAGGCAAAUGGAACAAAGGAGAAAUUUUCAGCAGAGUUCAGCUCACAGCAGCUAAUAUCAUAGGAUGUUAUCUACCUGGACUUUAGCAAAGUCUUUGAUACUGACUCCCAUGGCAGUCUCCUGGAGAAGCUGGCAGCCCACAGCUUGGAUAGGUGCACUCUUUGCUAGGUUAAAAACUGGCUGGAUGGCUGAGCCCAGAGAGUGGUGGUGAAUGGAGUUACAUCCAGCUGGCAGCCGGUCACCAGUGGAACACAGUACUCCCCAGAGUACUGGGGGG